GAUUUUCCACGGGAGGCAGUACAGAAUAUACUGUACAGAGCAAAUCAAAUUUCUUUGCGAGUUAUUUAUUAACAUUAUCAACAUGGAUCCUUUCUGGGAUUUCUGCGAUUUCUAGAAUUUCUGGCCUUUCUGGCCUUUCUCGGAGACAAUGGAAAAAAGGAAAAAGGGAAAAAGGGAAAAAGGGAAAAAGGUCUACGCAUGGUAGACUAUGAAUCAAUCUUUAGUGAACUUCGAGCCAAACCUUCCCUGGACUUAGAUCCAUCAGCCAUUCAUACAUACCUUGGAACACCAGUGGAACUAAAAAUUCAAAUCAGUACGAGUAUAGAAUCAUCAAUUCUUUUGCACCGAACAACUUUAAUUAUGAAUCUACGAGAUUUAGCUGCCUUAGCUCUCGCACUAUAUCCAGUACUCUGAUUCCCCCAGGAUUUGAGAUUUGAGUUUCGUCAUUUCCAUAUUCCAUAUCCCAUAUACUCUGACUCCCCUUCCCUACCUACUUCCUUUCCUCUUUACCUCACCUCACCUCACCUCACACGACACAAUCAAUUUACCACUCAGCGGUCUCAAAUAGAACAUCUACCUACCCGAAAACCUUCCAAAGAUCCUUAACUGCUCAAUCGACAACAUGUUAAUGGGAGCACUCAAUCUCGGUCAUUAAGACCUUUCCCGGAGGAUAAUUCUCUCUUGUCGAGAGGAUUCCCUUUUGUUGAGUACCGACACACGUCAAGAAAUCCUUAACCUACUUCAAAAUCCGAAAAAAAAAGAACACCAUUCCCAAGAGGCAGUUCGUACAUACGCCAGACUAAUCUAUACAUCCUUUACAACCUUUAAUAUAUAACAUGGCCGACGAGCUGGUCGCAAAGAUCUCAAGACGAUCGACAAGAACAUUCGUUACAGAACAAGAAGCCAUGGAGUCAGGAAACGCAGGUGUCGCUAUGGUACCUUAUGAGACCAGAAGUAACACCAAUCAAGAUGAUAAGGAAAAGGAAAAGGACAAGAAGCACGGAGAGGGUAGAAGCUCAUCCCACCAAACCCCCCUUGAAGCUUUAUCAGGACCAGUUGUCGAUGUUGGAAGAGAUCUUGGAACAUUAUUUCCUUCUACCACAGAAGCUAUUGCAACACAAGGUAAUUAAUCAUAAACCACACAUUUCACAUCAUCAUAUAUCGAGGAAUUGGCUAAUAUGAAGAUUGAACAGUAACCAACUCACUUGAUGCUGCGAAAGCUUUGGCCAAGGAGAAACAAGAAGGACGCCCUCUUAAUUUUGGUGUCAUUGCUCCAAAUGCGAUUUAUCGUAGCAGCUUCCCCCAACAAGAGGAUUUUGAGUAUCUCAGGUCUCUUGGUUUGAAAUCUAUCGUGUGAGUAAUUUAUAUCCAAGUUUCAUGGUUAGUACUGACUUUUCCUAGGACCCUCGUCAAGAAAGAAUACCCUCCCGGAUUUCUUGCAUUUAUUGAGGCUCAAGGCAUACGCCAUUAUGUCAUCGAAAUGCAAGGAACCAAAAAGGUCGAUAUUCCCGAGCAUAUUAUGAAUCAAAUCAUGAGAAUCUCCCUUGACAAGGAAAAUCAUCCACUGUUAAUCCACUGCAAUCAUGGCAAGGUAAUUUCCAUUUGAUCCUUCUAAAAUAAUGAUUCCAAGCUGAUCAAUUUAUAGCACCGCACUGGUUGCGCUGCCGCCAUUAUUCGUCACGUCUCUGGCUGGGAUGUCCAGUCUAUCGUUGAGGAAUACAAAAGAUUUGCCGAGCCAAAGGCUCGUGAUGUCGAUAUUAAAUACAUCAGCGAGUACCAGGUCUCGAGUCUCAGUGGUCUCUAUCACCAUAACUUGGAUCAACCUCCCGUCACCAAGACCUCCAAGACGGCUCGUAUCCUCGCCCUUACAGUUUUGCUCAUUUGGAUCUGUUUGACGAUGUCGAGAUUUUGGAACCACUAGCUGCAUAAAUGUCAGCCACAUUUCUUUUGGUGUUUAGGUAUAUGGGGUGGGAGGGUAACUUCUGGCAUAGGAUAAAUUAUUAGAAAGACGUCGGUUAUGCAGUGCGCGAUAGGGCCGAUGCGAAUAUGGAGUUUAAAGGGUUAAAAAUGUGGCAUUGGGUUACAAAUAUGCCAGCCUUCUUUACUCGGCAUAGAGUAUCCUUAGAAUAUAGGUUCUUGUAAUAUGUACAAAGUUCAGAUUCCUACCCAACUA